AUGAGCAACGUUGUGGAGCAAUCAUGUUACACGUUGAUAAACAUCGCGACCGAGUCGGAGCCGAUGAACGAGCUCCAGAUGAAGCAAGAUUUAGAGAAAGGCGACAUUCCUGUUAAAAUAGAAGCUCUUAAAAAAACAAUCCACAUGAUAUUAAACGGCGAACGUCUUCCAGGACUGCUCAUGACAAUCAUAAGGUUUGUUUUGCCUCUGCAAGAUCACACGGUUAAAAAAAUGCUCCUUAUAUUUUGGGAAAUUGUCCCCAAAACCUCGCCAGAUGGUAAGUUGCUCCAAGAAAUGAUUUUGGUUUGUGACGCGUACAGAAAAGACCUCCAGCAUCCAAAUGAAUUUGUCAGGGGGUCAACACUGAGAUUUUUGUGCAAGUUAAAAGAGCCGGAGCUCUUGGAGCCACUGAUGCCGGCAAUAAUCACCUGUUUGGAGCACCGUCACUCUUAUGUUCGACGUAAUGCAGUCCUUGCCAUCUUCACAAUUUACCGUAACUUUGAAUUUUUAAUUCCCGACGCUCCGGAAUUAAUAGCCAAGUACCUAGAGGGCGAGCAGGACAUGUCUUGUCGCAGAAAUGCAUUUUUAAUGCUGCUACACGCAGAUCAAAGCCGCGCAUUGGCAUAUUUAGCUGCUUGUCUUGAUCUAGUCCCGAGUUUCGGUGACAUUCUCCAGCUGGUAAUUGUCGAGCUAAUUUACAAAGUCUGUCUUGCAAAUCCCAGCGAGCGCGCACGAUUUAUCCGGUGUAUCUACAGCUUAUUAAAUUCACCCAGCGCAGCUGUUCGUUACGAAGCCGCUGGAACUUUAGUAACACUUUCCAAUGCUCCAACAGCAAUCAAAGCCGCUGCUUCGUGUUACAUCGAGCUGGUCGUCAAAGAAAGUGACAAUAAUGUUAAAUUAAUUGUUCUAGACCGUCUGAUUGCCAUGAAAGAGAGCCCGUCUCACGAAAGAGUCCUUCAAGAGCUUGUAAUGGACAUUUUACGUGUGUUAGGAUCACCUGCUCUUGAAGUACGAACUAAAACUCUUGCUCUGGCUAUUGAUUUGGUAACAACUCGCACUAUUGAAGAAAUGGUCCAGCUUUUAAAGAAAGAAAUCAUCAGAACUGCCGGAGGGGAGCAUGAAGAUGCCGGAAAAUAUCGACAGUUGCUUGUUAAAACAUUGCACACUUGCUCUAUUAAAUUCCCGGAUGUCGCUGGGACUGUUAUUCCGGUCCUAGUAGACUUUUUGACUGAAAACAAUGAAGCUGCUGCUGGAGAUGUGCUUGAUUUUAUCCGAGAAGCUAUCCAGAGAUUCGAAAAUUUACAGCCAUUGAUUAUUGACAAACUUUUACAAGUAUUUUCAGAGAUUCGAGCAGUUCGCGUUCAUCGUGGAGCUCUUUGGAUUCUUGGAGAGUACGCGACUUCUAAGGAGGAUAUUGAAAGUCUUAUGGGGCGUAUCAGAGUUGCUCUAGGGGAAUUGCCGCUUGUUGAAGCUGAAAAUAAACGCCAGACUGGGGAAAAAUCACCGGAUGAAAAUUCUCAGCAGCAGCAGCAGCAGCAGCAACAACAACCUCAGUUGGUUACUUCCGAUGGUACUUAUGCUACCCAGAGUGCAUUCAGUACAACCACCGGGAAAAAAGAAGAAAAACGACCGGCAUUAAUUCAGUAUAUGAUGGAAGGUGACUUUUUUAUUGCCGCUUCUUUGGCGUCAACUUUAACGAAACUCGCGCUGCGUUACAAGGAGCUAGAGAGUAAUCCACAAAAGAGCAAUCGAUUGCAAGCAGAAGCUAUGCUGAUUAUGUCAAGUUUGUUGCAGUUAGGACGAAGUGGACUGCCAUCUAAACCCAUGACCCACGAUGACGCAGAAAGAAUUUCCGUUUGUUUAAGAUCUCUUGCCUGUACGACGACCAAAAUUGUCCAGAAGGUCUUCACUGAAGGUUGUCGCGAGGCUCUCGGGCAAAUGCUUACGGCUAAAGCCGAGGAAGACUCUCAGACUCAAAAGGCUAAAGAGAAACCUGGAAAUAUUGUCCAGGUAGACAAUGCGAUACAAUUUUUACAAUUGAGCCGCAACAGCGACCUUACUGGCGGUCACUACGGUGAUGUUUUUGAGCAAAGUUUAAGCGCUGCUGUUGCUGGACGAUCUGGAACUAACGAUUCACCGGCUCCCCCCGCUAGUGCUUUAAGCAAAGUUACACAAUUAACCGGAUUUUCAGACCCGGUCUACGCAGAGGCGCUUGUUCAUGUUAAUCAAUACGACAUUGUGCUUGAUGUAUUGAUUGUCAAUCAAACAGAGGACACCUUGCAAAAUUGUACACUUGAAUUGGCGACGAUGGGCGAUUUAAAGCUGGUAGAACGACCUCAGCCUAUUGUUUUAGCUCCCCGUGACUUUGCCAGUAUUAAAGCAAAUGUUAAGGUCGCUUCCACGGAAAAUGGAAUUAUAUUUGGUAAUAUUGUUUAUGAUGUCUCGGGUGCUGGCUCUGAUAGAAGCGUCGUUGUUCUUAAUGAUAUUCAUAUUGAUAUUAUGGAUUAUAUUGUACCGGCUACUUGUACAGACACUGAAUUCCGGCAGAUGUGGGCUGAAUUUGAGUGGGAGAAUAAAAAUGAAGAAAAAGAAGCAGGUGGACAUGAAGAUACAGAAGCGCAUAAAUCUGACGGAAAAAAAGAACAAGAGAAGUAUGAAAAGAAACACGAGUCAGAUAAGGGGACGGUAGGACAUCACGAUAUUGAGGAUCAUAAUAAAAGUUAUGAGGAGUCAAAUGCCAAUGAGAAAAAGCACAAAGAAGAGGCUGGACAUUAUCAGGAGCAUUUGGAGGGUGAGAAACGUGAAAAGUUUGCCGAGUUCGAUGAAGAGGGUAAACACCAAAAGGGACACAGCACCAAGGGUCAACACAAUGUUUACAAGAAUAAUGAGUAUAAAAAGGAGCAUGAUUUCUAUGAUGAAUUUCAUGAUCAAGGUGGACAUCAGGAGGGAGGUGAAUUUAAAAAUUCACAUCUAAAUAAUAAAGGUCACUCUAAUAAAAAAGCUCAUCACGAUUCUGCUCAUCACAAGAUUAAAUCGACAGUACCGGCUUCGGUAGAGUUUUCGGUUUCAAAUCAAUCGCCAAUUGUCGUUGCUGAAUUACCGGAACAACCUGACAGUCAUAAUGUUCCACAGGCCAUCAGUGAAUACAGACCGAGAAGAAUUAAUUACAAGGAUAUGAAUGUUAAUUAUCAGCAAGUACAACCGGUUCAAUAUAUAAAAAAACAACCACAAGUUUUUUACUACACUCAACCCUCGGCUUAUCCAAAAAAAUACAUUGUACUGAAGGAUAACAAAAAUUAUCAACCAAGGGGUAAAAUAAAUAAACGCCAGGAUUACGGCGGUGAAGAUGAUUAUGAAAGUUAUGGGGAACAUCAAGUACCUGCUGAAUCAAAGCACCACGAGCAACAUCAUGAAGAGUCUCAUGAGGAAGGACACGGAGGAGAACAUCAUGAACAUCACCACGAGGAUGGAGGCAAAAAAGGCGACAAAGGUUUUAAAAAGUGGUUUGAAGAAGAAAAGGGAAAAAAGGGACAUCAUGAUGAAGAAGAUCACAAGAAACAUUAUGGAGAAAAAAGCGGGGAGAAAAAAAAACAACACCAUGAUGAUGGGUACUACAAAGAGUAUCACCACGAUGAAAAAGGUGAAAAAGGCUCCUCAUAUCAGGACAAAGGAGAAUACAAAAAGGGACACAGUACACACGGAAAACACGUUAUCCAUAAAAAGGAUGACUAUGAGAAGAAUAUAGACUUCUUUGAUGAGGAUCACUCUGUAGAGGAGCAUGAAAAGGAAGGCGGUUAUCACCACAAGGCCGAGAAAGGACACGGUGGUAAAAAGAAGAAAGGACAUCAUGAGCACGGGCAUCACCAAGACAAGUACGGCAAAGAGAAGAAACACAAGCACGGUCACCAUCAUCAUGAUUCCGAAAAGUGGGAGAAGGAAAAAGGUGAAAAGGGACAUCACAAGCACGGAAACAAGUACGGUAAAAAAGGCGAACACGAAGAAGGAAAAAAGUGGGGACACAAAAAAGGAGAGUAA